AUUGUUGUAGUUAUUGUUGCUAUGGAUUCUAUUAUUGUUACAAAUAAUGCUAAUAAUUGUAUUGUAGUUGGAGAUAUUAUAAUUGAUGGUGAUGGUAUUGGUACAGUUAUAUCGAUAGUUUUUUCUCUUGAUAUCAGUAUG